AUGGCUGUUUCGCUGACUCUCGCCGUGCUAUCAGGAUGUUGGACAUGCCGUCGGCGUGGUUACCGCUGCGAUGAAGGCACUCCAUCAUGUGCGGAAUGUAAACGUCUGGGUAUCGAAUGCGAAGGGUACAGUAUCCGCUUGACAUGGAUGAAAGGGACUUCUCGUAUCAAGAAUCGUGGGAAAGUGAAAGUUGAAACGCACGCUGCUGUGGUGCCGCGAUCGAAGACUCCCAAAGCCAAAGCACGACUGCAGUCUGAGCCAGACUCUAAACAGCCCUGCGAACGGACGAUAGGCCCCACGCUAUACGCAUCGCCAUCGUCUCUUCUAUCGUCCAAAGACCAGUUUCUCCUCAGGCAUUAUGUCUACACCGUCUCAGGGCUGCUCUCAAGCACACCUGAUCGAUCGAUCAACACCUACUGCCAAGUCAUAUUGCCCAUGGCAAUGUCGUCUCCUCUUCUUCUGAAUACCCUGCUACUGGUGUCAGCGGCGCACCUUGCAUGUCGCUAUGAGCAAUUCGCUCUCGAUAUCCCACGUUAUCGCAACCGCGUUCUGCCUACAUUAAUUUCCUCCGUCGAGAAGUGGAAAGGCUUCGAUAUAGUCCUUCUAGCAACCAUCAUCAUGAUGAGUAUACAUGAGGUUUUUGAAGCAAAUCAUGCGAACUGGGUCAAGCACUUGAAAGCCGUUGCCCAAAUCAUCACCACCUAUGUGCCUGAUUGUAAGAACUGUGAUCAAGAGACUCGAAUGUUGCUCGAUAUUUUUGCCUACCACAGCGUCAUUGCCUUUGUAGGUACGAAUGAAGGCUUCCUGGUGAUGGAGUACUAUGGCCAAGCUACUUGGUCGGCGCUUCGAGGGAAAAACGCCUUCCUCGCGUCGGCGGACCAGGUGAUAACCUACGUUGCCAGGCUCGGGAGCCUUUCCCUGGAAAUUUCUUCAAAUCUAGAUCCAAAAAUCCUUACUCCCUCUCAACUACGAAGAGUUCUGGACCUCAAAGCAUUCCUAGAAAAUUGGAAGCCCCCUACAGGAGGUCAUGGUGAUGCAUGUAACACUGUCCAAGCAAUGCGUUACGCUGGCCUCCUGUACUGCCACAAAAUUAUCGCCAAUUCAUUCAUUGUAUGCGGCCGGGAGGAAAUUUUGAGCCAUUGCCAGGCCAUAGUUCAACAUCUUGGAUACAUCUCUCUCGACAGCCCAUCCGCAGCAAGCCAUAUGUGGCCACUGUACAUGUCCGGUUCCUUUCUCAACAACCGAACUGGCAUAGCGGAUCAAGAAUCGCAAGACUUUAUCGUCGAGCGACUGGACGCUUUAAAGUUGCGGCGUGGUGUGAAGACGAUAGACUUGAUCCGAGAUCGGCUUAAGUUGAUAUGGAACUCUGACGGCGAUGCACUCGCAGCUCUUCCAGAUGCUCCUUUGAUUUUGAUCUAA